CCUUUAUCUCCCCGGAAACCCAUGCUUUGAACAUUUAUUGUGAUAUUUAUUCGUGAGCGCUUUAUAUAUCCCUCCUUCGCCACCUGGCAGGAUCACAGAUCUAGCGACACCUGUGCCACGGCCCAAUCAAUCAGUUGUAAGCUUACGUCUAAGCUUCUCACUCGACGUCAUGUCAAACCCAGUGCACGCCAGCGCCAACCGCGACGCAGCCAGUAAAUCUUCGCUUUCUGUUGUUCUGCGCAAGUUCAGUGUUCUUGCGCAGCGGCCCGAACCGAAGAAGUAUCCACCGAUCUCUUCCAUCCCUCGUACAUCAGCUGCACGCUUGGCUCAAGCUGCUGAAGAUCAUAUCAUCGAUCGAGACCACCCUGCGCCAAAGACAUAUCUUUAUCUCGCUUAUGGAUCCAACCUCGCCGCUGAGACAUUUCUGGGAGUUCGUGGCAUUAGACCGCUGUCCCAGGUGAAUGUCUCAGUGCCAACGUUGGAGCUUAAGUUCAACCUUCCUGGAAUUCCUUAUCGCGAGCCAUGCUUUGCGAACGUCGAUUACAGAAAGCUUCCUGAGAAGCCAAAGCUGCCUCCAAAGGUGCCAGUCCCACCUUUCGAUCCUCCGCAGCCACCACACUCAGAGGAGAUCAGGUGGGAUGAGGGUCUUAUGGGUGUGGUAUACGAAGUAACAGAGGAGGAUUACCGCACCAUCAUCCGCACUGAAGGUGGUGGAGCAGGCUACAAAGAGAUUGUUGUGCCUUGCAUACCAUUGCCUCCCAAGAUGUCCAUUCCUGAGAAGCCAUUUCCCGAUAUCCCUCGACCUUUUCUGUCAAGAACGCUUUUUGCACCACAGAUUCCUGACAAGGAUUUGCCCGAUGACCCUCGCAAGCACAAGUGGUGGUAUCGCUUUCUGCUCGGCCCUCAGCGUGAACCUGGCUAUGCACAAGCUAGUGCUCGAUAUCUCAAUCUCAUCAAAGACGGUGCCAAGGAACAUGAACUUCCCGAUGGAUACCAGCGUUAUCUGCACUCAUUACAGCCAUACACGAUAACAACAUUGAGACAGAGAAUAGGGGCAUUCUUCUUCCUCUUCUUCACAGUAUUUUUCUUCGGAACGGUCAUUCUUCUGUCUAAGUUUUUGGCCGACAAGCGCGGCAAGGUGCCCCAGUGGUUGGCUGUCACCAUGACUGUCAUGUUCACUGUGGCCUGGAUGGUUUAUGAUAAUGUUUUCAAGCCUAUUUUUGGAAAUGGUGAAAGGACUGAAGAGAAGGACGAGAGGAAAACACACGGGCGGAAACGCUCUUUGUCGGCGAUGCUUAAUCACUUCCCAUCGACGGAUGAGGAGAAGGUGGAAUUGUUGGGCGAGUAUAAUUGAGAGGACGGAGUAAAUUUAGCUGUUGAAUUUAACUGUUCUUAAUCGCUGAGUUAUGGGACAUGUCUGUUUUUCAUACUGACACUUAUCGGGGCUCUGAUCAGCAUGCACAUUGGCAACAGUUCAGAUUGGAUAGUGAUAUAAUUUCAAGUCAAAUAUUUCUGAUAA